CACCAAACAAAUAAUGCCCAUUUUUUGCCUCCUUUCAUCCUCCUUGGUCUCCUACCACUUGUUAUUGGCAUAAACUUCAAUGGGUUUUCUUCAUAUCUCCAUUUCCUAAUCUGUCUCUCUCUAAAUGGGUGUUCCUUUUUCCUUUAAAGUAAUUCCUUGUUUGUUCUUCUUUAUGUUUGGUUCAACUCUUCAAAGACCCUUCUUUUGAAUCUCCUAUUUUGAUUCUACAAUUCCCUAACUUUUUUUUUUUUUUUUUUUUUUUGUGCAUUUAAUUGUUUAGAACUCUUUUUAGCUUCUCAAAACUUUGUCAUCUGAAAAAACUAGUGUCUUUUGGCAUUUCACUUUGUCUCUUUCAGUCUCACAAGCUAAAGGCACACUACCUUUCCUCUAAUCUUCACAACCCAACCUUAAAAAGUUAAUUCUCUGUUUUUUCUUACAAGACCUCAAAUUGGGUAUUGUAUAAAUUGCUCUGUAGUGAAGUUCAUUCAAUUUAGUUCAAUCCUCUUAUUUUGAUUCUAAAAUUCAUCACUUUUUUGUGCAUUUCAUUGUUUAGAACUCUUUUUAGAGAACUUUGCCAUCUUAAAAAAAAACUGGUCUUUGGCAUUUCACUUUCAGUCUCAAUCUUCAAUCUUCACAAUCCAACCUUGAAAAAGUGAAUUCUCUGUGUUUUCUUACAAAACCUCAAGUGGGUAUUGUAUAAAUAUCUCCGUAGUGAAGUCCAUUCAACAGAGUUCAAUCUUGCUUUUCUUUGGGUUCGAUGUCUGCUAAAUACUUUCCUCUUAGGUGGGAAAGCACUGGAGACCAGUGGUGGUAUGCAUCUCCCAUUGAUUGGGCAGCUGCAAAUGGCCACUAUGAUCUGGUCAGGGAGCUUCUUCACCUAGACACCAACCUCCUCAUCAAGCUCACCUCCCUCCGCCGAAUUCGCCGCCUCGAAACCGUGUGGGACGACGAGGCACAGUUCAAUGAUGUCGCCCAAUGUCGCUCCCAAGUGGCCCAAAAACUCCUAUCUGAGUGUGAAACAAAGAGGGGCCACAAUUCUCUGAUUCGAGCCGGCUACGGUGGGUGGCUUCUCUACACUGCUGCCUCAGCUGGGGAUGUGGGAUUUGUCAAAGAAUUGCUAGAGAGGUACCCACUUCUUGUGUUUGGAGAAGGAGAGUAUGGUGUAACGGAUAUAUUUUAUGCCGCGGCGAGGAGCAAGAACUCUCAGGUUUUUAGGCUCUUGCUUGAUUUGUCUGUGUCACAGAAGUGUGUGAAUGGGAAUGGUAAGGAAUUGGAGGGCCCAUCAGAGGAGAUUUUGCUGGUGUUUAGGUGGGAAAUGAUGAAUAGGGCGGUUCAUGCAGCGGCUAGAGGAGGGAAUGUGGGGAUUUUGAGAGAGCUUCUUGGGGAUUGCUCUGAUGUUUUGACUUACAGAGAUGCUGAGGGAUCUACUAUAUUGCAUACUGCCUCUGGCAGAGGGCAAGUUGAGGUGGUUAAGGAUUUACUAGCAUCCUAUGAGAUCAUCACCUCCAAAGAUAGUCAGGGGAACACAGCAUUACAUGUAGCUGCUUACAGGGGUUAUUUGGCUGUUGUAGAGGUUCUAAUUUUUGCAUCUCCAUCAUCCACCUCUUUAACAAACAAUUAUGGAGACACUUUUCUUCAUAUGGCGGUGGCUGGUUUUCGGACACCAGCUUUCCGAAGAUUGGACCGUCAGAUUGAGCUCAUGAAGAAGUUGGUUUGUGGAAAUAUCGUAAAUAUGGAAGAUAUAAUCAAUGUCAGGAACAAUGAUGGCAGAACAGCUCUUCACAUGGCUGUAACUGAGAACAUCCAUUCUGAUCUAGUGGAACUCCUCAUGACUGUACCUGCAAUUAAUUUGAACAUCCGUGACGCAGAUGGCAUGACCCCUCUAGAUCUCCUCAAACAAAGGCCAAGAUCUGCGUCUUCAGAAAUUUUAAUCAAGCGGUUGAUUUCAGCUGGAGGGAUCUCCAACUGUCGGGACUAUAUGACAAGAAGCGCCCUUGUGUCCCAUCUGAGAAUGCAGGGUAUUGGGUGCAGUCCCGGAACUUCUUUCAGAAUCCCCGAUGCAGAAAUAUUUUUGUACACAGGUAUUGAGAAUGCAUCUGAUGCUGCUGGUUAUGAGCCUGCAAGUACAGAAUACAGUACAUGCUCGAGUGAACUUAGUAAAUUUGACUCCACUGCUGAGUCUAACUCAAUGGACUAUAAAAAAUCGAGCUCCGUAAAUAAUGCUGCAAGGCGCCUGAAGAUUCUUCUGCAGUGGCCGAGGAGGAAAGAGAGAAAAGUUGAUAGCUUGGGAGAUGAUGAUUCUGUAGAACAACACAAGACAUGUAGAAAUUUGGAUGACUGUCCCACUCCACUUCGACAGCAAUUUUCGAAACCUUCAUCCCUUCCAAACAACAAAAGGAUACUUUCUAUUAGGAGUUAUCUUCCAAGCCCAUCCACCAAAAAGAGAUUUGCUGCAGGGCUAAUGCAUGGUGUUAUUCAGGCAGGGCCACAGUUAGCUGUUCAAUCGACUUCAAGUCCUUUUUCAGAAUCUAACAGGUCUUCACCUAUACCUUUUGAUAAACAAAAGGGCGUGUACAUUGAAAACGAGAUUGGAGGAUCUUCAGGCUUGAAUCAUUCCUUGAAUGGUGAAAAAUUGAACAUAAACGAUAAACAAACUUCUGUCAAUAAGCGGCUGAUGAACCAGUAUUUCUGUUUUGGUGCACAAGGCAUAGUUGUGGAAGAUUCAUAUAGCUACACAAGAUCACAUCAAAGUUACGAAAGCCCGUGUUCUUCAACAGCUUGAUCCAACUAUCUGGACUAAUUGGAGUAUUGGAUGAGAUCCACUAAUACAGUCUAAUGUCGGUGAGCUCUGUAAAUGUUUUUGGCUUUUUGCAUUUGAUUUACUUGUUUGCUUAUGAAAUAUGUGUUAGUAAAUGUCUCUGAACAAUUAGUUAUAUAGUACAAAUAAUGUUUAAGGAAUAUCCUGUGACUAGCAGAUGUUUGGUUUGUCAAUCUGUAAUGCUUCUUUAUUAGAAAUUUGGUCUGUUUAAAGUU